GGCACUGACUGGCAUCACUGCUGGGCACUGACUGGCGGCACUGACUGGCACAACCCCUGGGCACUGACUGGUGGCACUGACUGGCAGCACUGCUGGGCUGCACUGGUGGGUGGCACUGGUGGGCAGCACUGGUGGGUGGGCACAGGUGGGUGGCACUGGUGGGCACAGGUGGGUGGGCACAGGUGGGUGGCACUGUUGGGCACAGGUAGGUGGCACAUCUGGGCACAGGUAGGUGGCACUGCAGAGUGGCACAGGUGGGCGGAGCUAGUGGGCGCACUGCUGGGCACAGGUGGGCGGAACUUGCGGGUGGCACUGCUG